AUGGUUUUGCAAAAUAUUUUUUUGCUAUCAAAUCGCUCAGCUUUAAACUUAAAAGAAGCUAUUAAAUUACUUAAAAAACCAAAUUUAAACAGUGAUAACCUAGUACAGUGUUAUAACUUGGAACCAACACCAGGUUUGUGGUAUAUGUGUGCGUACAAUCAAAGUUCUACUGACGGCAUUGAAUGGAAAUCAACAGGCACUCGUUCAAUGCCUAAUGAAAAAAAAUCCCACCGUACUGGUCGAAUACUUUUCAUCCGAAAAAGUGAAUAA